UUUUUUUCUUCUUCUUCUCUCUGUCCGUUAUUAAGUUUUUUUUUUUUUUAUUGAACGUUACAGCGUUUUGACCACUAUAUUUUAAACGCGUUCCCUUGUAUUGAUACUCUCUAGUUCCAUACAUUUAUAAUACAUUUCAACACUAUACACAGCAAUAUAUUCAUCGAUAUACAAAAUGACUGCUAUAAGCUCUGUUGCUGAUGUGGACGCUUGGAUUUCACAACUUUCAGAAUGCAAACAAUUAUCAGAAAGUGAUGUACAAAAACUUUGUGAUAAGGCUCGUGAAAUCCUCAUAUCUGAAAGCAAUGUUCAACCAGUUCGAUGUCCAGUUACAGUGUGUGGUGAUAUCCAUGGGCAAUUCCAUGAUUUGCAGGAAUUAUUUCGAAUUGGAGGGAAUUUACCAGAUACAAACUAUUUAUUCAUGGGGGAUUAUGUCGAUCGUGGAUAUUACUCUGUAGAAACGGUAUCUUUACUGGUAGCGUUGAAAGUACGAUACAAGGAUCGAGUCACCAUCUUACGAGGAAAUCAUGAAUCUCGUCAAAUCACUCAAGUAUAUGGUUUUUAUGAUGAAUGUUUGCGGAAAUAUGGAAAUGCCAAUGUAUGGAAAAUGUUUACUGAUUUGUUUGAUUAUCUUCCUUUAACAGCCCUGAUUGAAAAUCAAAUCUUUUGUCUCCAUGGCGGUUUAUCACCAUCUAUCGAUACAAUAGAUCAAAUUCGAUCGCAAGAUCGUAUUCAAGAAGUACCUCAUGAAGGUCCAAUGUGUGAUCUCUUAUGGUCAGAUCCUGAUGAUCGUUGUGGAUGGGGUAUCUCACCUCGUGGUGCUGGUUAUACAUUUGGUCAAGACAUUUCCGAGGCGUUCAAUCAUACGAAUAACUUGACUUUAGUGGCAAGAGCACAUCAAUUGGUGAUGGAAGGAUACAAUUGGAGUCAUGAUCGAAAUGUCGUCACCAUCUUCAGUGCACCCAAUUAUUGUUAUCGUUGUGGAAAUCAAGCUGCCAUCAUGGAAAUCGAUGAACGUUUGAAAUCAUCAUUUUUACAAUUCGAUCCUGCUCCUAGGAAAGGUGAACCUAAUGUUACCCGGCGCACCCCUGAUUACUUCUUGUAGACAUGUAGUUUUAGUUAUAUUUUUAUUUUAUUUUGAAAACUGCGUUUUAUAGUAGUUAUUAUCCCUUUUGAUUCAUAUCCUCUUUUUUUUUAUUAUUAU